AGAGAUCAAAUGUCGAAUAGACUUCCAACACAAGAUUUGUAAUGCAGAUAAAAUUCAUAACUGUUUUGUUUGGAAUUAUCAACAAAUUCAUUUUAUAAAAUUUACCUUUUACCUUAGUUUGUAUAUGUUUUUUUGCACUUAUGAAAUGCUUCUGCCUGUCAAACAGUUAACGAAACAAGUACAAUUUUUCUUAAUUUUAUUUGUAUUGGAUACACUAGACACAAUGCAAUUAACAAUCGGAACCUAAGAAGUUAUAUAACAACAAAAGUAAAAACACAAAAAUACUGAACUCCGGUGAAAAUUCAAAAAGGAAAGUGCCAAAUCAAAUGGCAAAUCAAAAGUUCAAACACAUCAAACGAAUGGAUAAUAACUGUCAUAUUCCUGACAUGGUACAGUCAUAUUCGUAUGUAGAAAAUGGUGGAUUGAACCUGGUUUUAUAGCUAGCUAAAUCUCUUACUAUGUGUAUAAAUAUAAUUAUGAAAAUAUAAAAAAACAAGCAUGCAUUAUUUUUUUUAUUUUUUUUAACCAUUUUAGUUCUGUGAAUCGUUUAUGUGAUAGCCGACAUAUAUAAAAUAACUAAAUUAUCGAGGAAUGAUAUAUAAAGUAUUAAUAAAGAAGAUGUGUUGUCAUUUCCACUGAGACAAUUCUCGACAUGAGAAUCAACAAAUGUAAGUCACCGUACAGCUUUCAACAACAUGCAAAGCCCAUACCGUAUAGUCAGCUAUACAAGUCAUUGAAAUAACCAAUUGAAAACAAUUCAAAGUAUGUACAAAAAAUAAACGAAAAAAAAUAUGUUAUACAGCAAUAAGCGACAGGCAUUGAAUCACAUGCUCCUUACUUAGGACAUGCAAAUGCAUUAAGAAUGUGACUGUUAUUAAAAGCAUGUCUCAUCACUCAUGAUAUAUCAAAUUUAAUCGAUUUACUAUUAUCAAUCAGAAUUGAAAAAAAUAGUUCUGAUUACACCAAAUGGUAUAAAUACAGAUAUACGCCGUCGUAUUACCACACGUUAAACUCGUCAAACAAAAGCCACCAUGGUUAUGAUAACUCUACUGCUGUUUAGCUUUAUCGGAGCUGCAUUUAGCACUGGUCCAUAUGGUGGUGGAAGAGGUUAUAGUGUUGGGUACGGCAGUGGUGGUGGCGGCGGUGGUGGUGGCAGAGGAUUUGGAUUAGGCGGUGGUGGUGGUGGAGUAUUGAUAUUAGGUGGAGGAGGAGGAGGUGGUGGAAAAGGAGGAUAUGGUGGUGGAAGCGGCGGAGGUUAUAGUGUUGGGUAUGGCAGCGGCGGUGGUGGCGGAGGAUUCGGAUCUGGCAUUGGCGGUGGUGGACUGUUGCUAUUAAGUGGUGGAGGCGGAGGAGGAGGUGGAGGCGGAAAGAAAGGUGGUCAAGUAUGGUGUACCUGUCGUAAAGGACUUUGUCUUAAAGGAGAAUUUGUUUUGGACAAGUAUUGCAGACUUAUUCCCUUAUUUCCAAGGAAAUCGACUACAUGCUGUAAGGUGUUACCAGGAAGUGUAACUAAUCGUAGUUACGGUGGAAGUGGUGGAGGUGGAUUCGGUGGCGGUGCUGGAAUCGGUGGCGGAGCUGUUAUCGUAGUUGGAUCUGGAGGUGGUGGAGGAUCUGGAUAUGGUGGAGGAUCCGGGUAUGGUGGAGGAUCUGGGUAUGGAGGUAAAAAGGGAAGCACAUACUAAACAAGAUUCGUCUGACUAGUUAUUAAGCAAAUAAUGUGUUUUCUGAUAUAUGUCAAAAUA